CCCAUUAGCUGCGCAGAGGUGGAGGUUCCGCGAGGCCAUGGGCGGAAAAUUCGCGAGACUUGCAGCUCACAACUUCGCGUGGUGUCUUGCUGCAUACUGUUUUACUUGUGUCAGUCAUAAUUAUAUCGCAUAUCGUUUAUUGGGCUGACCAACGUGACCCAGUAGGCGCAAGGGCGCAAUCAAGUUUGUAGUUUCUUGGUUCACCAGCGAAAUGCUCGCAAACCUUCGUAGCGGUAUUCAGGGGCGCACCACGAGUGCGCCUCAAAAGGCGGCGUUUGCGCCUACGCGGAGAGGCUGCGCCCACGCCCGCACUGGCGGUCGGAGGACGACCGUGGUUGUGCGGGCCGACGGUGACUUCUACGACCUGCUGGGCGUUCCUCGCACUGCCGAUAAGAAGACAAUCAAGCAGGCAUAUCGCCAAAAAGCGCGCAAGUAUCAUCCGGAUGUGAACAAGGAGCCGGGCGCAGAGGACCUCUUCAAGAAGAUUGGCGAGGCGUAUGAGGUGCUGUCGGAUGACAACAAGAAGGCCAUCUAUGACAAGUACGGCGAGGCAGGGCUACGAGGCGGCAUGGGCGGCAUGGGCGGCGGCCCGGGCGUGGAGUUCACCAACCCCUUCGACCUGUUCGAGUCGUUCUUCGGCGGCGGCAUGGGAGGCAUGGGCGGCAUGGGUGGCAUGGGCGGCGGCUUCUCGCAGCGCUCGCGCACCCGGGCCGUGCCGGGCGAGGACGACAAGGUUGACCUGCAGCUGGACUUCCUGGAGGCGGUGUUCGGGUGCAGCCGCGAGCUGGACGUGGACAGGCUCACCGGCUGCGACGAGUGCGAGACCACGGGCGUGCGCAAGGGCACCACGCCCUCCACCUGCCCGCAGUGCCAGGGCACGGGCCAGGUGGUGUCGGCGGUGCGCACGCCGCUGGGCACCUUCCAGCAGGUGUCGCUCUGUCCGCGCUGCGAGGGCAGCGGCCAGAUCUCCCAGCCCUGCACCAAGUGCCAGGGCGACGGCCGCGUGCGCGAGACGAAACGCAUCUCGCUCAAGGUGCCCGCCGGUGUGGACGCGGGCUCGCGGCUGCGCGUGCGCGGCGAGGGCAACAGCGGGCGGCGCGGCGGCGAGCCGGGCGACCUGUACGUGUACAUCACCAUCAAGGACCACCCCGAGCUGCGCCGCGACGGCAUCACCAUCCACUCGGACGUGGAGAUCAGCUACGUGGACGCCAUCCUGGGCACGCAGGUCAAGGUGACCACGGUGGACGGCCCCGUGGAGCUCAAGAUCCCGCCCGGCACGCAGCCCGGCACCACGCUGCUCAUGGCCAAGCGCGGCGUGCCGCGGCUGGGCUCGCCCAACGUGCGCGGCGACCACAUGGUGCACGUGCGCGUGCGCAUCCCCAAGGCGCUGUCGGCGGACGAGCGCAAGCUGGUGGAGGAGCUCAAGGAGCUGCAGAGCAAGACCAAGGUGGGGCCCUUCCGCUUCUAGGUGCCCUGCCAGGCCCAGGCAGGCAGGCAGGCAGGCAGGCGAGGGAGGGAGGGAGGCAGGGACGGGUUUGGAGGUGGUGGGUGCGGCAGGGUAGCGGCGGCGGCCGUGCUGGUGCUGAGCGGUGGAGGCGGAUAGGCGGCUGGCGCCGCUGCGCGCCGCGUGUGUGUGGCCGUGUAAGGAGGCGAGGCGAGGCGCUGGUGGGACGCAGGCAGCGGUGGUAGGUUUACCCCUGCAGCGGCAGGGGCGGCUGGCUGGGGGAGGGCUGUGGCGUCUGCAGUAGGGUGAAGGAUGUUGUACCUCACCCGGCGUGGGCUGCAGGCUUCCGUUGCUGCGCCUGUCCUUCUGACAAGAUGGAUUGAUCAGCUUAGAUACCGUAUAUCAGACGCUGGCGCUGACAAGCAAAGAGCAGCCGUGUGGGGUGCGGGUCUGUUGUUUUGAGGAUGCCCGUUUAUGUUUGUGUGUUAAAUGGCCCACCUGCAUGGCAGCGUUUGGCAGUAUGUCGAAGGAUGCUUUGGGGUUCGGAGUCGCAGAUCGUACGGCGCCCUGCCCAACAAGGGGCGUCUGUGGUGUGUGGUGCUAGGUGUGUCGCGCGUUUCCUGCGUUUAGGUGCGGGCGCUGACACUAGAGCGAUGCCCGCCCGCGGGUGGCGGGCUUGCUGACGAAAUGACGUGGCCGGUGGCACGACUGUGCGAGAGAGCAGGUGCGAGAGAGCGAGAGAGAGCCACAGCGUGUGCGCGUGACCAGAGCUGAGAGUGGUGUGCGCGGAGGCCGCUCACGCGGAGUCGCGGAGACCUGUUCCGAUCCAGGACUAGACGGCUGCAUGUGUGUAACAUGCGCCACCU